AUGUCGACUGUGGUGCAGGCUCCUUUGACCCAGGGCGCUGGUUAUGGCGUCGUUGUUGGCCUCGGCGUGGCUUUCGCGCUGGGUAUGGUCUGGGUCACACGUGUGAUGAAAAAGUCUUUCAAUGAAGACAACAACUCGACAGAAACUUUCAUGGUUGCCAACCGCAGUGUCGGCACCGGGCUUACAGCAGCCGCAGUGAUAUCUUCGUGGUUAUACAGCUCGGCCCUUCUGGGAGCAUCGCUGCUCACCUACCGGUAUGGACUGGCAUUAGGGGUCUGGUGGGGGGCAUCGGCCAGCACCAUGAUCUGUCUGAUGGCGUACCUCGCAAUUCAGGCCAAGCGAAGAGCACCCAACGCACACACACUGCUGGAAAUCAUCAAAGUCCGUUAUGGCAGGUCGGCUCACAUUCUUUGGAUCUUCCUUGCCUUGUUGAACAACUGCUUCGUCUUUGCCAGCAUGCUCGUGGGCGCCAGCACGGCCGUCAGCUCCUUGACCGGGAUGAACGUGGUGGCCAGCACGUACUUGUUACCUCUGGGUGUGGCAGUGUAUACUUACUUCGGCGGACUCCGGGCCACCUUCUUGACCGACUAUGUGCACACCUUUAUCAUCAUGAUCAUCCUGGUCUGGUUUACCAUCAAGGUCAUUGUGGUCAAGGAGAUUGGGUCCAUCGGGGCGCUGUACGAUGCUGUCGUAGUGGCAGGGCGGGAGAACCCCGUCGAGGGCAACCAUGAUGGAUCCUACCUGACCAUGAGGAGCGAACAGUGUCUGUACUUUGGAAUCCUCCAUGUCAUCUCCAACUUCGGCGUCGUUAUCAUGGACACGGGCUUCUGGCAGAAAGGAUUUUCGGCCGAUGUCGCUGCUGCUGUACCUGGUUAUGUCCUGGGUGGCAUUGCCUCGUUCUCGGUGCCUUGGUGCUUCGGAACCAUUGUCGGUCUGGCCGGGUUAGCAUUGGAGGGGACAGCUGCCUGGCCCACGUACCCAAGGAAAAUGACCGCUGAAGAGGUCAGUGGUGGACUCGUGCUGCCUUACGUGGCGCAAGCGGUGGCCGGCAAGGCGGGAGCAGGGGCCAUUCUCCUAACCAUCUUCAUGUCCUGCACAUCAAUUGCUUCGGCUCAGAUGAUUGCCACGAGUUCCAUCAUCUCAUUCGACAUCUACGGCACGUAUGUCAAUAAGAAGCCGACCGAUGCGCAGCUCAUCCGAUGGUCUCACAUAGGCGUGGUGGUCUCCUCGCUGUUCAUCUCGACGCUUGCAACGGCUUUCCACGAGGGCGGCGUGGACAUGACAUGGUGUUUGUACAUGUUGGGGAACAUCAUUUGCCCCGGAGUGUUCCCUACCUGUUUCGCUCUCUUGUGGAAAAGGCAAACCAAGGCCGCGGCCAUCAUCUCGCCCAUCGUGGGAAUGGCGUGCGGACUGUCAGUAUGGUUCGGGACUGCGUACCACUACUACGGAGAGAUCACGGUGGCAUCCACUGGCGGAACGUUGCCGUGUCUGUUCGGAUGUGUGACCUCGUUCGUCGUUCCCCUGCCUGUGACCGUGGUGAUUUCGUUGGCCAAGCCUCACGUAUUCGACUGGUCCGUCUUCGGUCGGAUCGAGAGGGUGCAGUCCGAACAUGGCAGGUCGGUGCACGAUCGCGAUGAAGAAAGCCACUACUUCACGCCCGAAAGAGUCCGAUACAUGAAGAGGAUGAGCCGCUGGGCAGCGUUCUGGGCGGCCCUCACCAUCACGGGGCAUGUGCUUCUCUGGCCUCUGCCGAUGUUCGGUGCGAAAAUGACCUUUUCCAAGACGUUGUUCCAAGCCUGGGUCGUCAUCUCGUUGAUCUGGCUCUGGUUUACCCUGCUGGUCGCCAACUUCUACCCGCUGAUCGAUGGCGGACUGAAGCAGAUUCUGAUUGUGAUCCAAGGCAAGAGGGGAGUCAAGGGUUCGACAGAGCUCCCACCAGACUCGGAAAGCUCUAGUCCUCCGCCGGAGCAAGUGACAGUGGUGUCUGAGAAGACUACCUGA